AUGACACGAACCAGGAAAAUAGACGGCGUUCGUAGUCUGCUGAGCCAUCCAGCUUUGCAGUGUGCACCGAAGUCUAGACCUGUUUAUCAGCUUAACCAGCUUAAUCGGGUCAACAACCCCUACUUAUCGAUGCUAGCUACACCACUGCGCUGGUGUGCUGUAUCCAAGUACAAAUACCCCAGUGCGCUACUCCUGCGCUUCAGAGUGGUCCAAGGUGUGCUACAGCUGCGAGACAAGGCGUCCACCAACAAUUCAAACUCACUCGGUAAAGGAAUGAGUGUGCUUUGUCGGCGCAGUGCACUCGAGUGUAUGCUAAAUGACAAGCUCUGGAUGAGGUUAUCGCGAAAUGCGAGUGUACCUAGCCAUUUCGUACACGCAGUACAAUCGCAGCUGGUGGAUGGAGUGGUGGCUGAGUUAGAUGGCAUUCUGCGUAAGCUGCGCAGUAAUUGUGUUGAGCCGGAUCAAUCGUUUCAAUCGGAUCACCCAGCGUGGUUAAUGCAGCGUCAGACAAUCGCUACAACAAACACAACUUUAUUCGUCGGUUUCUAUAUCACUCUGGCAUCAACACCAACACACACAGUCCCAUUCAGCCGCCUCACUCAAGGAACAUACAGCUCACCGAUCUACACGUUCAGCGACAAAUACGCAGACAAAUACCAGCUAAACGCGAUUCGUUAUCGUCUGAGCAAAUUAGAAGAGCAGCUGCGACGCCGGGGAUGCAACACUGGCCAAAACACCUCCGACACGUUUGCAUUUGGGUUCGGCAGAGUGAGUGAUGCACACCUGUCCAUCGAUCUCACCCCUCUCGCCGUGGCGCUGUGGAGAUGUAGAAUGUGGCAUGAGGAUGAGCUGGUUUUAGAGGGUUUUGGGUUGAAUAGUGGGGAUAUUAGGGUGAUACGGUAG